CGUUACACAAGUUCUGUCAUAACGUGACGAAACCCGGAAGUCGAAGUAAACAAUCGCAGACGUGAAAGUAGCAUGCGAGGUUGACGUUUAGAGAAAACUACAACGCCGUAUUUUGGUGACUGGCAUAAAAUAGUCUGCUGCUGCUGCUGCUGCUGCUGUUGUUGUUGCUGCUAGGAAGAAGAUGCUGAAAACCAUCGGGCAGGCUCUGUUCUCAACAGGAUUGCAGUACCCCAAGCACUCAAAUCUCGAGAGCAAGGGUGAGGACUAUGAGGUGCGCGCGUACGAGGCCACUCGAUGGGUGAGCACCACGCUGGUGGGGAUGGAGGCGGACGCAGCGAUGAACGCCGGCUUCAGACGACUCUUCAAGUACAUCCAGGGAGAGAACGAGAACAAGGUGAAGGUUGAGAUGACGGCUCCGGUGACGUGCCGUAUAGAGCCCGGUGCAGGCCCGGCGUGUGAGAGCACCUUCACCGUCUCGUUCUUCAUCCCCCAGGAGCACCAGGCCGACCCGCCCAAACCCAGCAGCCCCGACGUGUUCAUCGAGAACCGGCCCGAGUUCACCGUCUUCGUACGGACGUAUGGGGGCUUCAGCCGAGAGGAGACGGCCCGUAGUGAACACCUGAAGCUGGUGGAGAGCCUGGGCAGAGACGGGGUGCAGUUCCGUGGGGAUCCGUACUACCGAGCGGGCUACGACAGCCCCUUCAAACUCACCGGCCGCCGCAACGAGGUCUGGCUGCUCCAGUGAGCUCGGCCGUCACUCAGCAGGGCCUACGGGCAGCAGCAGGGGCCAAAAGAGGCGAACGCUCCUGCGCAGGGGUCACCUGAGGUCAAGGCCUGUCUGGAGGCGUGUCUCUGGCCUCACACUUAGAGUCAGCAGGACGUCAGGUGACUUGACUAUCGAGUAACUAGAUCGCAGGUGCCGUUUGGAUCAUAAAGCACAGGUCAAGUGACUUGUCUGUCGAGUAACCUGAUCGUAGGUGCCUUUCAGAUCAUAAAGCAGCUCUAGGUCAAGCAGAGGUCAACUCUGCAGAUGCUGCAUACUACUCAUUAACUCACUGUAAAGUACAGAAGCCGUUUAACAUUUGUCCAGGAACCUUAAAUGUCACGCCUUAGCUCUUUGUUCUGCUUGCUUGUGUUUUAUACGUUGGGUAACUUUAAAGGGAGAUUUUGAUGUGUUGAGUUUAUGUUAUUACUAGAGUCUGACAACAUGGAGACUACAUUAUAUAGCUGUAAAUGAAAUCUGAUGUUUGUAAUGUCCAAAAUAAAAGGCCUACUACUAACCAUGGAGACUACAUUAUAUAGCUGUAAAUUAAAUCUGAUGUUUGUUAUGUCCAAAAUAAAAGGCCUACUACUAACUAUGGA